AGCAAUUUUCGUUUCUCGCAAAACGCAGCGAUGAGGUUUGCCGAAGUUUUUGUAGUGUACUUAGCUAUUGUGGCAUGCCAAGCUUACAAGCCUUGGGAAUGCCCAACUGAGAUCCUGGAAGAGGAUCGAGUUGACUGCCAUCCGGAGAGUGGUGCAUCGGAGUCGAACUGUAUAGCCAGAGGUUGCACAUGGUGUGAAACGUAUGCUGGGGGAGUACCGUGGUGCUUCGAUAACACUAAGCCUGGUUUUGACGGCAAGUGUUCUUCCCUCGUUGCGCCAAAAGAUCGUGUGGAUUGCUGGCCUAAGGACCAGCCCGAUAACGCCAAGUGCGUCGAUGCGGGCUGCACAUGGUGUCCCUUGCAAGGGUACACGUCUUGUUUCUACGACGAUAAAUCUGGAGUCGCGACACAACCCCCAAAUCCGAUCGUCACAAAUAAGCCAGUUACGUCUGGUCCAGUAACACCUGGUCCCACAAGUGCACCAAAUCCAACAUAUGAGCCUAGUUGUGCAUCGAAGUUGGCACCUGCGGACCGAGUUGACUGCUUUCCUGAAGGUGGAGCAUCAAGAAAGUCUUGUGAAUCGAAGGGUUGUAUUUGGUGCGAAAACCACACCCCUGGCUUAAAUGUUCCAUGGUGUAGCUACCCAGAUAAUACUUUGCCACCCGACGGAGGAGGUGGCGGAGGCGGUGACGGUGGUGACGGAAGCUGUCCAAGCAAUAUACCUGAGCAGAACAGACGUGACUGCUACCCAGGAGGCGGAGCUACUAGCGGCGGAUGUGUUUCCCGGGGAUGUAUAUGGUGUGAAUCAAGCGCGGACGGCGUGCCAUGGUGUUUCUUCAACUUCACAGGAGAAGGAUCAGACCCAGCAAAGGACGUGUACCGCAUUGAUUGUAUGCCAGAGGGUGGGUUUGAUACGGAUGAAUGUCGAAACAGAGGAUGUGAGUUCAUGGGCACUGAUGUCCCGAACGCGCCAAUCUGCUACUUUCCAGAGAACAGAGGUUAUGACAUGAUUGGCGGUCCAAUCGUAACAACCAUGGGCUAUAACAUCAACCUUAAAAAACGCGGCUCGGAAACACUCUACGGUGGGGACUCCCAGGAUCUGGUUCUACAGGUUGAAUUCCAAACGGACGGACGCCUUCACAUGAAGUUCACGGAUGCGAAUGUAGCCCGCUUCGAGGUGCCCCUAACCAUCGAUGCCCCAUCCGUACCAGCUGCUAAUCCUCUUUACGACGUGCACUUCAGUAAUAAUCCCGUCUUUAAUUUCAACAUUACGAGGAAAUCGACAGGGGAAGUUAUCUUCGACACGUCCAUCGGCGGUUUCGUGUUUUCUGACCAAUUCCUUCAAAUCGCCACAAUGCUGCCACAAAAUUCCAAAAUCUACGGAUUCGGUGAGCAUGAACAUCAUAGCUUCAAACAUGACUUGAACUGGCAGUCGAUGGGUAUGUACGCUCGUGACCAGCCACCGACGGCUACUGGUAAUUUGUACGGUGUGCAUCCAUUUUAUAUGGCAGUCGAGGAAGACUUCAACACACACGGUGUUUUAUUCCUCAACAGUGCAGCUCAAGACGUGACGCUUUCUCCUGCUCCGUAUCUUUUGUACAGGACUAUUGGUGGAAUAUUGGAUAUGUAUUUCUUCCUCGGUCCUACACCUGAAAACGUAGUAGAACAAUACACUGAGGCUAUAGGUCGCCCAUAUAUGCCGCCAUAUUGGUCACUUGGAUUCCAGCUUUGUCGGUAUGGUUACAACAGCCUAGCAACUGUCCAAGACACCGUAUCACGGAUGCGAGCGUACAACAUUCCACAAGACGUGCAAUAUGGCGAUAUUGACUACAUGAUAGAGCAGAGAGACUUCACGUACGAUCCUGUCACUUAUGAUGGCCUGCCAAAAUACGUCACCGACUUACAACAAAUGGGAAUGCACUAUAUUAUCAUCUUGGUAGCGUAUCCAUUUUUAAAAAAAUUUAGAUAUUAUAUUUACUGUAAGGUUACGGCUAUAUUCAUCAACGAGGAUGGGACAGCUAAAAGCAGGGCCUCGUCGGCUAUUAGUAGCAGAAGCAUUCUACUUAGUCAUGAGAGAAGUACUGUAGUAAUCAUGUCUGCACCAGCAACCAAGAAGGCCUCCAAGCCAAAAAAGGUAUCAUCGCAUCCUCCAUACAUUGAGAUGAUCUCCAAAGCUAUCUCUGCUUUGAAGGAACGUAACGGUUCUUCUCGUCAGGCUAUCGCCAAAUAUAUCUCCGCAAACUACAAGGUUGGGGAUAAUGUUGGCAGUCAACUUAAAUUGGCUUUGAAACGAGGGGUUGCCUCCGGAAAGCUCGUCCAUACCAAGGGAACCGGUGCCAGUGGAUCAUUUAAGCUGAAUGUUGCUGCUGCUAAGGCUGCUGCAUCUGCACAGGCAAAGAAAGAGAAGGCCAAGAAGAAGGCUGCUGCUCAGAAGGAGAAGACUGCCGCCAAAAAGGCCGCUGCCAAGGCAAAGAAGGCUACCAAGGUAAAGAAACCAAAGAAACCUGCAGCUAAAAAGACCAAAUCACCAAAGAAGGCUAAGAAACCAGCAGCCAAAAAGCCAGCAGCAAAGAAGGCCGCCAAGAAGCCAGCAGCUAAAAAACCAGCAGCAAAGAAGGCCGCCAAAAAACCAGCAGCUAAGAAGGCUAAGAAACCAGCAGCCAAGAAGGCCGCCAAGAAGCCAGUUUGGCCUCCAAAGAACAGUGUUUUCCCAGACUUCCACAAGCCAGCUACUGUUGACUGGUGGGAGAAACAAUGUGUCGAUUUUCAUCAAGUAAUAAAUUAUGAUGGAUUGUGGAUCGAUAUGAACGAGCCUGCUAAUUUCGUCACUGGGUCUAUUGUAGGCUGUGACGACAACAAUAUCAACUACCCUCCUUACGUUCCAAAAAUAUUUGGUGGUCAGCUGGCCGACAAAACGAUGUGUCCAGAUGCUUGUACCCACAUCGGCAACCAUUAUGAUGUCCAUAAUCUGUACGGAUGGGGACAGUGCCAACCCUCCCUACAAGCUGCACGUUCUGCCACUGGCAAACGAAGCAUUGUAAUCACCAGAUCUACAUUCCCGGGGGCCGGGAAGUACGCUGGACACUGGCUUGGGGACAACAACAGUCAGUGGAGCCAUCUACGAUACUCAAUCAUAGGAUUGCUUGAAUUCAACUUAUUCGGUAUACCUUAUAUCGGUGCCGAUAUCUGUGGUUUCAAUGGCAAUGCGGAUGAAGAGCUGUGUCAAAGAUGGAUGCAACUCGGGGCAUUCUACACAUUUUCACGCAACCACAACGGUAUAGGAUAUCAGGAGCAAGAUCCAGCAUCGUACAGUGACGAGAUGGCGCGCGUUAGUCGGGAAAUCCUUCUGGUGCGCUACACCCUCUUACCAUACCUUUACACGUUAUUCCACGAAGCUCACACAAAAGGUUCCACUGUCAUCAGGCCCGUUAUGCAUGAGUUUAUCACCGACCCACUCACACACACAGUUGAUACGCAGUUCCUAUGGGGACCAGCCCUUCUCAUCUCACCUGUUGUUGGUCAGGGCGCAACAAGUGUAGAGGCGUACUUCCCAGAUAGUCGCUGGUACGAUUACUAUACGGUAAGUAUGGCUGCUAUGGAAACAGCACAUAAUGCACCUAUACAAAAUGAUCAUUUUAACAUAGGUCUAGUUCAUAUUUUAAAUCGACAGAAUCCAUUAGGAAUGAUAGUUGCCCUUGACGAUGCAGAUGAAGCAACAGGAGCAUUGUUCUGGGAUGACGGGGACUCUGUUGAUACCUAUGAAAAUGGCAAUUACUUCUUAGCUGACAUUGUAUGUUCAAAGGGAGUGUUGACAGGUACUGUGACGAAUAAUGGUGGAUCUGCAGCAGGUGGUCUCCAGUGGAAUACCAUCCGUGUGCUGGGAGUAACUUCGGUUUCCUCGGUAAUGGUCGGAAGAGUGAAUCACUCUAGCUUCGCCUUCGAUUCAUCAACAAAGGAACUUAAAAUAACUAGUAUCAAGCAACCAUUAACUUCAACACUGAAGGUAACAUGGAAUUAAAGUUUCAUCCUCCUCUCAAGAUGGGAUUUAUUAUAAAUUAGAAUAAUUGUGUUUACGACAAAUAUCUAUAUAGGAAACAAUUCAAUCACAACAGAAUAUAUACGUAUAGUUCUUGAUUCUUAUCAAAAUGCAAUAAAUAAAUGUGCGAUCGUGUAAA